GACUUGGCGUUCGACCUUAAGCGGUAAUCGAAGAAGAACGACACGUGUUUCCUGUGUUUUCCUGAGCCAGAGUAGCUCACGGUGAAGCCGCUAAACCUGUGAAUAAAAACGUGUUAAUCCCGCCAAAGGCGUAAAAAUGGUCCGUAAAUUAAAGUACCACGAACAGAAGCUGCUGAAGAAAGUUGACUUCAUCAACUGGGAGGUGGACAACAACCUGCACGAGGUCAAAGUGCUGAGGAAGUAUCACAUCGAAAAGAGGGAAGACUACACCAAGUACAACAAGUUGAGUCGGAACAUCAGAGAUCUGGCCCAGAAGAUCCGAGACCUGGAUGAGAAAGAUGGCUUCAGAGCUCAGACUACACAUCGGCUGCUGGAGAAAAUAUACAGCAUUGGUCUCAUUCCCACCAAACAGAACCUUUCCCUCACAGAGAAGGUCACAGCUUCUGCCUUCUGCAGGAGGAGGCUGCCGAGCAUCAUGCUGAAGCUUCGUAUGGCUCAGAACCUUAAGACAGCUAUCACCUUCAUUGAACAAGGACAUGUGCGUGUUGGCCCGGACAUCAUCACAGACCCAGCAUUUCUAGUCACAAGAAAUAUGGAAGAUUUUGUCACAUGGGUGGACUCCUCCAAGAUCAAGCAGCAUGUCUUGAAUUACAAUGAUGAGAGAGAUGACUUUGACUUGAUGGCAUAACGUCAAACGUCCGUUUGUCACCCUGAAGGACGGACAGGAAAGGGUCAGGAGCGCUGUUCUUCUGAUUGCAGUGUGAAUAACUAAUUACUUUGAAUCUCCUGUUAGUUUGAGUUGUUGUGGAGAUACAGAGAUACACAGAAAAACUUAGGGAGGACACUUCCAGGCUCUUCAGUGAACAUUUGUUUUGGGUGGCUUUUGAAAUGUGCUGCCAAAAUCAGAUUGACCAACAGUUUAUCAUCCAUCCAAGGAUUCCAGUUUGUCUGGAAGGUCUAGUCUGGAGUUCAUCUGAGACUGUCUUGGUGAUUCUGACCUAUUGACUCUAUUCUCUAAACCUGCUCAGUGACCAGUGGGACACAAGUGGAGUCUCAGCUGUUUUAUCUUCAUGAUUUUUCUCACUGGUUAUACAGAGCAGCUUCCACAGUUACGUACAUGCGUGUGCGGCUGUUCCCUCUCCUGUAACUCCCAUGUUGUGUAAUGUGUGAAUGUGAGCUGCCUGUGUCAGAGUCAAUGUGACCCAGGGAAAUGUAAUAUGUAGUAUUGGACAAUUUCUAGAUCAUCUUGAAUAAUUGAUUAUAGUUGUUUGGAGGUGUGAAUGUGAGAAUGAAUGCUAUUUCUCUGUGAUGGACUGGUGACCUCUCCAGGGUGUACCCCGCCCUUUUGCCCUGUGUCAGCUGGGAUUGGCUCCAGUGACCCUCACAUGGAGGAUAAAGCGGUAGAAGAUGGAUAGAAUAUCUAUCAAAAUAGUUUUCGAUCAUUGAUGGUUAUUUGUUGCAAUCCUACACAUGUCUGCACAAUAAAAAACUGUCCAUGUUCAUAUCAACAAAACCUGUGCCAUUCAUGAAACUGAACACACUGAUAAAUAUUUAUUUUAUUCCAUGACCUUUACAGUGCAAACUCUGAACAAUAAACCUUCCUUUAUCACAAUAUUAA